CCAUAAUUAUCUGAUUCACGCGGCGGGAGUUAAUGUUGUCAUCGAAGUCAAAAUCAACGCAAUUUGCGUUACUUUUUCCAUUCCUUGGCCUUCUCCGUCUACCUCUCCCUUCUAGAUUGGAGUUUGUUUUCCAUUUGUUUUUUUUUCUGGUUUUAAUAGUAAAAGCCUUUCCUCUAGAUGACUUGCGUUUUUUUAAAAGCCUAAAAACACAGCAAUCCCAUAGGCCCAUUCGACUUCCCAAUUCCGUCAACUUUUUUCACUCCUUCCAUCUCUCCUUUCUCUGUUUCUCUCUGUGAAAAAAAGGUUUUUUGUUCGAGAUCUUUUGAGGCAUGCCGUCGCAAGAAUACAUGGACAAGAUGCAGGUCCGCCAGAGCUAUCGAAAUCUCUGGCACACCGAUCUCAUGGGCACCAUUCAACGCGACCCUCCUUAUUGCUGCUUUGCUUUUUGGUGUGGGCCAUGUGCAUCCUACAUGCUCCGAAAACGAGCGCUUUAUAACGACAUGUCAAGGUAUACAUGUUGUGCUGGUUAUAUGCCAUGUAGUGGUAAGUGUGGAGAAAGUAAAUGCCCGGAGUUCUGCCUUUGCACUGAGGUUUUCCUCUGCUUUGGAAACUCAGUGGCCUCUACCCGAUUUCUGUUGCAAGAUGAAUUCAACAUUCAAACAACAAAAUGUGACAAUUGCAUCAUUGGUUUCAUGUUCUGCCUACAACAACUUGCCUGCAUAUUUUCCAUAGUUGCAAUGAUUGUUGGAAGUGAUGAGAUUCAAGAGGCGUCACAGUUACUGAAUUGUUUGGCUGAUAUGGUUUAUUGCACGGUCUGUGCAUGCAUGCAGACGCAACAUAAGGUUGAAAUGGACAAACGGGAUGGCAUGUUUGGUCCACAACCAAUGGCCGUACCCCCUGUUCAGCAGAUGUCUCGCAUUGAUCAACCAAUUCCUCCUGCAGCUGGCUAUCCACCAGCAGCAUAUGGACAGCCUUAUCCACCUCAGGCACCUGUCUAUCCAGCGCAAGGUUAUCCGCCAGCCGCAUAUCCUCCUGCUCAGUAUCCUCCAGCUGCUUACCCACCACCGGGGUACCCACCAUCUGGUUAUUCUAAGUGAUCUUUCUCUGAGUUGCUUGUUGGUUGCUAGCACCAGAGUCUGGGUUACUGAGACAUCGAUAGAGCUUGGUAUUUAUUAUAAAAUAUGACUUGCAUGCUGUUGCGGUAUAUUUUGUGUGAUUUGCUUUUAGCAUUGCUGAUUUAAACAGUUAAAAGGUUUAAAAUUGGAUACUAUUAUCUUGUCUGCCCUCAAUAAUUGUCUUUUACUUAAUUAACUUUGGAGUUUAUGUAAAUUUGUAAAUUUUAUCUUCUAAAGGUACAUAAACCAUUAUUGU